AUGCGUGUUCCGUCUAUCUGCCUCUUCUUUUCUGCUGUUGCGAUUGCUGAAGCUACUGCCGGCACAAGCCACCCCGCCGUGCAGCCGAUUCUCUUCGCUGCAACUUGGACGCACGAGACGACCAACGGUAUCAACACGUUCAAGCUCAACACGGCCGAUGGGACUCUCACGCCGUACGGCAUUACGCCACUCUCUUUUGCCGAAAAGGGACUGAACCCGACGUACGUCCAGGGCUCGACCAGAAAGUUCUCGAAGGGGAAGCGUGUCAUUUACGCUCUCAAUCGAGGCUCGGACAGUGGGUACGUGUCCGCGAUGACGUUGCAAUCGGACGGCACACUGAAGGUCAUGAACACGCAGAGAAUGAAGGGUGCAUCCCCUGCCCACAUUGCUCUGAGCUCGAGCGAAGACUUCUUGUCGGUUGCCAACUACGCCGGUAGCCUCUCUUUGUUCCCACUCAAUGCCAACGGCUCUAUCGGUGGCGAGACGUUUUACCAGAACUUUCCGGUUGGUAGCAAGGUUGUGAAGGACGCUCAAGCCACUGGCCACAUCCAUAGUACCAUGUGGCUACCUGAUUCGAAGCAUGUCAUUGCUGCUAACUUGGGAAGUGAUGAGCUCCUUCAGUACGAGUUGGACACAACCAAGAAGACAUUGAAGAGCUUAAAGGUUGUCCGCCGUCCUCCGGGGUCGGGACCCCGCCACUUGGCCUUCCACCCGAGCGGGGAAUUCGCGUACGUUACGAACGAGCUGUCUAACACCGUUGGUGUGUACGCGGUCGACAAGGGGACCGCGUUGCUGUCGAGCAAGCCUUUGCAGAGCGUCACGACGCUGCCUACCGGUUUCACGAACAAGAGCACAGCUGCUGAUAUUGAUUUCUCAAGCAACGGAAACUUUCUCUAUGUGUCGAACCGCGGCCACGACUCGAUUGUCUCGUACAAGGUCAAUGCGGACGGUACGCUGAAGGCUUUGAAGUGGGAGAGCUCGCGCGGCUUGACGCCCCGCGGCUUUACGAUUUACGGAGACUGGCUCAUUGUGGCGAACCAAGACUCAGACGACAUGCAAGUGUUCAAGGUGGACGGCAAGACGGGUGCCCUGAAGCACACUGGCAAGCCGUACAAGAUCGACGGGGCGAUGAGCCUCUACGUAGGGGAAUACUAG